UCUCGCUCGCAACAUCUCACACGACUCGCCAACAAUUGACCCCGAGGAAAGCUCUUCUCAGCUCCAGAAGCAGCGCGUGUCGCAGGGACACGACCGGGAUGACAACCAGCUGUAUCUUCUAACCUAAACUCUCGCAUCAUUGGUCUCCCGCGCGGCUGGGCCUCGGCAUGCGGCGCAUCGCUCUCCGCCUGCUGGAGCGUCGGCCACCUGCGGGGCCAAGCUGUUCGCGCUGGCUCUCGUGCACUUGUUGUGCGCGCGAGCGCGCCCGUGCCCCGCGGCCUCCAGACUCCCCUAUACCCCCUGUGGGCGUUCUACAACGCAUGCAAACGCCUCACCUUCCCCUGCCACCUCCCCUGCCGUGGUCGCCGGACUCGCAACCUUUUCUGCGCCAUAUGCAGAUCCUGAGCCUCGCCCUGCUCUCGCCCGGCGCUGAGGAAAGCUGGAGUAUCUACGAAGCUCUGCAUCCUGAGCUUCGGGCAGCGAUCCCAGAUGAUAUCUUCUCGAGUCUUAUCGCGCGCCAACUCGCGGCCGACAAGAACCUUAAACGGGACCGUUUGGUCGAACUUGCAAAUCUCGCUCGGGUGUGUGGAAUGGAUCCCGCUCGCCUCGGAGCCGAGUCCAUCAAGGACAUCUUGAAGGCCAUGUUCGCAUUGGAACCCGAAGACAAGGCAUGGCAGGGACACUACGACACACUCGACUGGCUGUGGGCAGCGCUGUUUGAGCUCAUCGGGCGCGACUUCCGCCGCGUCUCUCUCCGCAUGAAGCAGGACUGGCUAGACGUUACAAACUACCGCUUCCGAGGUGAUUUGUCGCGCACGCAUGCCGCGCUCGAGCAUCUCGUCGGGCAUCAUGGCGGGGUGGGAAUCACCAAGUCCGCGAGUAAAAUCCUCCUGCGCUCACGGAGCGCUGACGCUGCAACUGUCGCUGUGUCGCUGCGCCUCGCAGCGUGGUGUCUAGCGCGUGGUGUGACUGUCCAUGAGGAUACCAUCGUGCGCAUCCUGUCGCGGUUGAAAGUCCGGCAUGACGCAGACGGUCAUGACGGGCGUGAGCGUGCACGGGAGGCUGCCGAGGAUUUGAUUGCUGAGUUGCGCGAGGGUGAGGCCCACGAGGCAGCCGUGCCUAUCGUGCUCGCGCUCAAGCAUUUCGAAUUGAUCAAUCGAACGCCGCUGGAGCGCGCGACAACCGUCGCAGACGACCCGGAAGCGACUAUCGGACGGCUGCACUCGUCGGUGGAGAAAUUACUCCGCGGCUCACCGAGCGACGCCGAGCUUCAGCUGGCCAUCAAGCUUUGCGAUCGGGCGCUGCAGAUGGAUGCAAGCUUGGAGCCAAUCCUCAUGACCACGCUCAACGGAGUGCGCAACCACCCGCGCUAUGCGCUCAAGGUCGCCGAAAUGUGCUUUCAGUCGAACGUAUUUCGGCACCCCUUUUCGUCGGCCUUCAAGAACAAGUUGCUCAUGGCCAUGCUCGACUGCCUCCCCUCCCCCACCGCGUAUGACAUCGUCGUCCGACUGUACCCCCUGGCGCGCACGCCAGAUGAGGCACAGAGAUAUACAUGGACGCACGCUACCGCGCCGCAGUGGCACAAGCUGUUUGCCGCCGCGGUCAGGCGCAGACAAUUGCAUUUCCCGUCACGCCUCUAUGCUGACCUCAUGGCUGACGGUCUGCGUGUGCCCCAGCGAGCUCAGAUUUCCUUUAUCAAGCUCAUCGCGAGCACGCCCAGUGACUCUCGCGCCAUUCUUCUCGACCGCCACAUCAAAGACUAUCUGUGGAACGAAGCCCAACCCGUCCAGCCUCUUAUGGUGGCCGUAGCCCAAGGCCUCGGCUCGACCGGCAUCUCCGCGGACGCUGCUCGCGCCACUCAGCUGUGUCGGCGUAUUGCGGCUGGGGCGGGUGUCACGAUUCCAGCACGAGCCAUCGAGUCGCUCGUUGCCUCACUGUUUAGCUCCUCUAACAUUGAAACUCGAGCCCUCGGUCGGCAGCUCCUCGAGCAGUUACCACCCUCUGACGCGAGCAAGGCGUAUACUCUCGCUCUGUCUGCGCUUGUGAAGAACAUCCGCGCCGCAGGGCUGCAGCAGGUCAUCGCCCUGUACCGCAACAUGGACGAGACCGGCGUGCCAGCCACGAGUGGUGUUGGCUCAUCUCUCCUUAUGGCCGUGCUCAAAGAGGGGCACCUGGACUCGGCGCUCGCCAUUUUCCGGACUGCGUCCAAGCAGGUUGGGCCCGUGAAGUCUGCCGCUGUUGGCCGGCUCAUGAUCAACCUCGCCCUUGCUGGACGCACAGACGAAGCGUACGCUGUUGAGCGUGAGUGGCGCGCCCAUUUCCCCGCUGGUGUCGAAUACGACAAGGGCGUGUAUGGGGCGCGGAUGGUCGUCGACUUUAAAGCUGGAAAGGAGGUGGAUCUGAGCAUCUUCACGAGCAACAUAGAGGGACGGGUGCUGCUCAAACGGCACAAAGGGUACAAGCCAACACUCCCCUUUUUCAAGUUUAUCGAGACCCUACGACCCAAGGAGGACGGACUCAAGGAGGAGGAGGAGGAGGUUCCAAAGGAUUCCGUCGAUCUCUUGGGUGUUGAGGAGGCAACUCCGGCUCCGGCGGUGGCGGCGCGUGCGAGCAUGAGCGCGAGCGAGCGGGAAGCGAGUACGGUGCGCUGUAAGCGGGCUGUGCCGCCACUGACGCGGUCCUGGGAUGCCAGUGAAGGGUGGCUUGUCGACCGGCGCGUCGACAUGGUGAGCAUGAUCUAGAGACGUAGACGGAUGAGUUGACGUACAUUAUUACAUUUACAGCAUUGCAUAUCAUGGGUCCAUUCAAAAGAGCUACAGAUCUGCCAUGGUCAUGGUGAAUGUCGCAAGUGUCGCAAAUGGCGGAUAUGGCAGUGGAAUGGUGGAACGCGAUAUUGAGUUUCAGGCACUACUGAGGGCUUGGACGCGUCAGAUGUGUCUCCGG